CCGGAAAGAAAUACUGUUUCUACAUCACUUAAAAUUACCCUUCAUUAUGAAAUUAGGAUUAGAUAAAGAACUACUAAAUAGUUGUUACGUCAUCAUUUAUGACUCUAGAAAAACUAAAUAUGAUCAUAGAAUGAAUUAUGAAGUGUAACAGUUAUUAGAUUAUUUUAAUACAUAAGUUCAAUCAUUUACAUUGCCAAGUAUAGUGGAUCUUUGGUAAAACAAUUAUUCAUGAAUAUUAUUCUAAUACGACUUUCAAUACAAGGAAGCAUUCAUAUAACAAUAAUUAAUCAAUCAUGUAUAAAACAGGAAAAGCUUUCUAUCUAAUAAAGGAUGUACACUAGGUUUGAGUCUCACGAUGAAGAUACAGAUAUAUCAAGUUAAUAAAUCAUAAAGAAGACAAAAUAUAUAACGGGAGUUUCAGUGCUAGUGAUUACCUAAGAAAUUUAGUUAACUUCUAAAUAUGUAAAUAAUAAUACAUUUAAAUUCACUUGGUAUUGUUUGGCUUGUAUCUUCCCAUUGGUGUUUAAGACUGCAAUUGAUCAGUCUGUUAUCGGCAUACGUGCAUACUGUGCGUAUGCCUCGAUAUUGGCUUAAUUCACAAGCUUUUUGUAAGCAAUGAUAGAUAGUGGCUAGCAGUGGAAUCCAGGACGAGCGUUUCGUCCUAUUUGGGACUUGUCAGCUUGAUGUACCUGCAUCUCAGAGUUCAUGUUCACUCUGGGACUCGAACCCAGUACCGUUCGCUUCAAGCGCCAUCGCGUUAUCCACUCAGCUACUGAUUCCUGAUAGCCGCUUGCUUGUGCGAUGGCGUGAAUUUAAAUUCUUUUGGUAUUAUUUGGCUUGUAUCUUCCCAUUGAGGUUUAAGACUGCAAUCGAUAUAUUGUGGUGUGGGUUACUUAUAUCCACAUAAGUAGUAUAUAACGAUAGUCAAGAAUAGAAUGUAUUUCGGUAGAAGAUUGAUAAUACAUUUAUUAAACAUACUAAGAUUUCAAUCAGAGACGGUUUACAUCACAAAACAUUAUUAGUUAAACAAUCAAUAAAAACCAGAAAUCAAAGAAACCAUUGUUUCUCUCUAGUCCAAGACAUCUUAGCAUUCACAAUUGACUGAUCACUGGGUGGCGAUCAAUGUCAUGUGUGUCUAGUCCUUAUUAGUGCAGAUCGAGUGCUAUCGACCAAGUUGCAAUGUGGCCACUAGUCUAGGUGACUCGAUAUUGCGUGCACUAUGUUGAGAUAGAUGGUGGUUGGAGGUAGUCAACAGGAAACCCUGGGUCCGAGUUUCGUACUACUUGGUACUCGUCAGCAAGGUGUACCUGUAAUAUUGAGGAAAAUGGUGCUCACUGACGGAUUCGAUCCCGUGUCACCCAGCUUCACAGCACAUCAGAGAGCACCAGUUCUCUCAAUAUUACAGGUAAACCUUGCUGACGGGUGCCAAGUAGCACGAAACCUGGGUCCAGGGUUUACUGUUGACUACGUCCAACCACCAUCUAACAUCUUAGCAUUAAAUAUUCACAUCCUCAUUGUUGAUGAAACUUCGGGACCUUCAGGUCUUACUGGUGAACUCUUAACUUCUAACCUCAUUAAUACAAACCCUCUAAAAAAAAAUAUUAAUAUAUACAGGAAAAAUUUAACCUCUCUAUUGAAUAUUUCACUUUUGAAAUUUGAUCUAUAGUAAAAUUAUUAGUAAUUAAGUUCAAAUUUUCAGUUUCCCUUUUCGUAAUCACCAUUAUCAUCCUCAUCAUCAUCAUUGACCACAUGUAACAUUAUAUAUUUGAUGACCUGAGAAGCAUAUAAACAUAUCUACACAAAACUUACAUGUAAGAAACAUGAAUAAACAUACAUACAUUUAAGUAAUCAUCGGUUUACAGUUAUUGUUCAUUAUCAAAUUUCUUUUUGUUGUUGUUGUUUUGUUUAUUAUUAUUCUAGUCUAUUUCUAAUGAAAAUUUAAUAUAAG